AAAUUAAAUUUUGGAUUUGCAUUAUUAAAAAAUGUCGAUAUGGAUGAAAAAAAAAAGACAUUUCGGAAUAUUUAAACAAAAAACAGCUUCGUCAUCUACAAAAUUAUGCCGAUGUUAAUUUGCUUAAAAUUGACAAACAACGCGAUUCUGAAAUAGUCGCACAAAAAGAUUUAUUAGAAAUGCCAGUUGAUGCGGACAUAUUACAGGAUAUGCAUACUUCAGUCCACUUUGAUAAUAAUGUUGUAGAAUUCAUAAACUACUCAUUUUCUAAAGAUGAAAUAGGAGGAGAAUUAAAUCACUCAAAAAUGAAGUGCUUUAAAAACAAGGGAAUAAUUUUCAAUGCACUAAGUGACCAUAACUACACGUCCCAGGAAACGGGGUCAUCUCAACAGAAUUUGUACACCAUAAGAGAGAUGUUAUUAAAUCAAAUUUUUUUAAAUGGUUUUAGCUAUCAAUGCAUUCCAAAAAGUGUGUCUUGUUUUAUUGACAGCACUCUUGCUAAAAUACAAAUUCUUCAAUUUGAAUCCCGUCGUGAAAAUGUUAAAGACUCACAGAAAAGCUCUGAGGCUACGAUUGCUUCAGAUGUACCAGAAAACUGCUCAGAACCACUAGAAGUUGAUCUUAGUGAUGAAUAUUUUGAACAUCUGUACAAAAAUGUUGUGAAGAAUAACAACGCUCUAAAAAUACUUUUAGCUCGUACUAUUGGUUUCGCCCGAGAAUUGUUCAAUGAUUGUAAGAGCACCACAAUAAAAUCGGAAUAUGCUUUUAACUUGUUUAUACUUGGUAAAAUUCAGAAACUUCGCAAUAUUUUAACAAUCGAUAGUAAAAAUAUUGGGACGCAAACAUUUACAUCAACAAACCGAUUUUUAAAAAAAAGGUCUCAGCAAAAUUAUGACGCAAAAAUAAAACUUUUAAGGAGAACUUCUAGUUCAUCAACUUUGGACAGUAAUAUCGAUGACACACAAACAAAAAUAAAUAUGUCCACAUGUGAAAGUCAUUUGGGACUAUCUAAACUUACUAGUAUAAGGCAUUGCAAAAAUUACACACAUCUUCAAAAGCCAGACUUCAAUGAUGAAAUUGACCUUUCCAAAUAUAUAAAGUUAGAUGUAAAUUGUAGGAAAUUCAAAGAAGAUUCAUGGAUUGACCUUAACGAAGACAUCAGCUCAGAUGAUGAUACAGAUAAAGAAAUCGAAAGACUUACCAAUUUAAAUGGAUUGAAAAGACGUUAUGCGCACCAAGUGCAUUCCAAAACCAAAGAAGUAACACCUUGGAAGCCUCUGUAUAAAAAAAUCGCAGGUAACAAUUAUGAGUUGGAAGAUAACCUGGAUUCAUAUGAAACUGAUAAUAGUUUGAAAAAAAGUGAAGAUGAAAUUAUCACCGAACAUCAAUAUUUAUCCCGAUGCAAUGACCAAAUCAAGCACGAAUUGUUGAAUGAUUCAACUAGUGAUUCUGGCCAGUCUGACUAUUAUAAUCUAUCAAAAGAAUCGUGUUCAGAUAAAGAAGACGAUAAAGCAAUAGAUAUUGUGGAGAAGUUUUUGCAGGUAUUUAAAUCUGAACCACCGUAUGAUGAAGGGAGUAAUUCGGGCACUGAUUUAGGAAACGAAAUUGAAGUAUUACCAAAAGAUUGCGAUAUUUUUAUAGAAAGCACUGAAGUUUCCAACUGUAUUUUUAAUCGUAAAAAACCAUUUAAAAAAUCAUUCAAGACAACGCUUUUCGAGUCAGAUAAACGUAAAAAACAUGAAGAAAUUGUUCUUAGUUCUGAAAGUGAGUUUUCGGAAAUCGAAGCAGUUGAAGCUGAACCUACUGAAGAAAAGUCCCGACUUAUUAAGCCCAUGCUUCGCAUCGAUCAAUUAGCUAAUGAAACACGAGCUGCACAAAAAUCUGAAAGUGAUAGAAUAAAACGACUUGAAAAACAACAUACUCUUUUAUCAAAGGCUUUGAAAAACAAUGCAAUGUCUAUUAAGAAUGAUGAAUUAAUUCUUGAUUACAUCGAAAGUGAAAAAACCUUUAUUAAGGUUGAUGCAGAUAUUGUUAAGCAAUUAAAGCCGCAUCAAAUAGAUGGAGUAAGGUUUAUGUACGAUUCCUGUUUUGGUGGAAGUAAUCAUAAUCUAAAAGUUUCUGGAUCAGGAUGUAUUUUAGCUCACUGUAUGGGACUUGGAAAAACACUUCAGUUAAUUGCUCUCUUACACACAGUCAUAUCAUACCAGGUACUUAAUACUAAAAAAGUAAUGAUACUAUGCCCAAAGAGUACAGUCAUGAAUUGGGCUGACGAAUUUCACCGAUGGCUGGGUCCAUUAAACAGAAAUAACCAUAUAAAAAUAUACGUUUUUCCUGAUUCAUCAGAUAUAUCCGAAAAAUUACGGUUGUUAGAGGAAUGGUCAUUAUCAUCUUCAAAAAAAGCAGGCUGUUUGUUGGUCGGCUAUGAGGCUUUUCGGACUCUUGUAUUUUAUCACUCCUACAAAAAUCGGGGAAACUUCACUUCGGGUAAUUUGGAAAUUAUCAGAAAUAAAGUUAAAAAAUAUUUAUUGGAACCAGGCUCUGAUCUUGUUGUUUGCGAUGAAGGACACAUUAUAAAAAACAGUAAAUCGGCCAUUAGUCUUGCUGUUGCGCAAAUAAAAACAACGAAGCGGAUAAUAUUAACCGGAACUCCUAUACAAAAUAAUCUCAAAGAAUACUACAGUAUGGUUAAUUUUAUUAAACCAUUGUACCUUGGAACUGAAAGAGAAUUCGCCAACUUAUAUGCAAACCCUAUUAAAAAUGGCCAACACAAAGACUCAGGGAAAAAAGACAUUACUGUCAUGAAGCAACGUUCCUAUGUUCUACACAAGAAGUUAUCAAAAUUUGUGCAGAGAAAAGAAGCAGAGCUGCUAAAAACGUUUUUGCCGCAGAAGUUUGAAUAUGUUUUGUUUAUACCAAUGACGGAUGUCCAGAAUACAUUAUACGAAUACAUACUGGAUGCAAUAUCAAUUCGUGGAGAUAGCCGUGGCAAAAGUCUUAUUACGGACUACACAGUUCUUAGAAAGAUUUGGACACAUCCCAAAGUCUUGGAGGAUGCUUGGAAGAAUGCAAAUAUUCAAAAAAUUAAAAAAGAUGCAAGGAAAGUAUCAUGUCCACACUCAGAUGACGACCAACCAGAUGAUAUUUAUGACCGACAAACUGGUGUCAUAUCGGUAACUAAUGAUUGGUGGAGGCAAUAUCUUUCAAAAAUGGAUUUGGAAACAAUUAUGCCAAGCAAUAAACUUAGGACAAUGUUUGCCAUUCUUCGCUUAUGCGAGGAGAAGGGCGAAAAGUGUUUAAUAUUUUCGGCUUUCGUGGCGGUACUCAAUGUGGUUGAAUACUUUUUGAAAAAGAUAAAUGAGUCGGAUACAGAGAUAUUGCAAAACAUUCAUAUUCCAUCAAAUCAAUCUAUUACUAAUAAAUGGAUUAUAGGGCAGGAUUAUUAUAGACUUGAUGGAAAAACUCCUAAACAUAUUCGACACGAGAUGAUAAAAAGGUUUAACAAUGAGUCUAAUAGACGUGCACGAGUGUUUUUAAUAUCUGCGAAAGCAGGAGGUCAAGGAAUUAACCUAGUUGGCGCUAAUAGAGUAAUUAUUUUGGAUACUUCAUGGAAUCCUUCUAAUGACCAACAAAAUAUUUUUCGUAUAUUUCGGCUUGGCCAAAAAAAAAACUGUUACAUUUAUCGUUUAAUAUCCAUGGGUACUAUGGAAGAAAAGGUGUAUUCUCGGUCAGUUACAAAACAGGCGAUGAGUUUUCGCGUUGUUGAUGAGCAACAGAUAGACCGACAUUAUAAUAUGGCGGAACUGGCAGAACUAUACACAUUAACGAAACCUCAAAAAAGUGAAAGGACUGUACCUGUUCUCCCAAAGGAUACUAUUUUAGCAUACCUACUGCGGCAAUCUGAUUUGGUAUAUAAAUACCAUGAACACGACAGCCUAUUGGAAAGUAAAAUAGAACAAGAGUUAAGCGAACAGGAAAAAGCAGAUGCUUGGGAAACGUAUGAAAAGGAACUCCAACUGAAUUUUACACAACAAGAUAUUCUUAAUACUGACAGAGUACAAAAUAUUUGGUCGUCGAAAUCGGGUCCUAAUUCGUGUUUAACAGUUCCGAAUCUUGAUAUGCAAACCCUUCUAAAUUAUAGUCUUCAAUCUGCGUCGUUCAUACCACAUUAUAGCUACAGUAUGAAUCCUACUUAUUUGGAUACAUUAAAUUUGUAUCAAAAGUAUUCAAUGCAAUAUUCUGAUAUAAAUUCCUCGCUUAAUGAUAGUACUUAUGGAUCAUCGCGUGUUAAAGCUAUCAGCACUUCAACACCAAAUCGCCUCACAGCGAGUACAUCAAUUAUGCCAAAUAUUUUAUCUCCUAAAAGGACUUUAAGUGAUUUUGGUUUAUUUGAACACGAAAAGUUUCAAAAUAUUAACUCACAGAUUCAACACACAUUGACUAAAGAUAUGAUAACAACAAAUAAACAUAAAUCCUUAAGUUUGGCGGAUUACCAACAUUUACUAGAAAAUCCUUUGUCAAGUCUUUUGAAUUAUUCAUCACAAAGUUAUACACCUACAACAAUUGGAGUACUGAAUAAUAGUCUACAUAAAACUAUAAGUCCUCUGCAAAACAUUUUGUCUCACCCAAUAAGUUCAGGAAACACGCCUAAAGAUAUUGAAAACGUAAUUGCAAAGAAAACCAAAAUAUUGAAUGAUGAUUUCGAAAGAAUAUGCAUUGCUCACGACAACAUUAUUAAUCAAACUACGAACUCGAUUAAUGUAACGGCGGCACAAAUACCUACUACUAAUAUGUCUUCGUUAAACGUUACUUCAGAAAACAAUAGACUUCAUCAACAUGUAGUUGCUCCAACCAGCUAUGACCAGAAAAUUCAUAAAAAAAAAAAGUUAUCCAAAAUUGAUAAUUCUAACGUAUUAUCGUUAACCAAGGACUACAUACAAAACAACGCGGAAAUGGAAAUUAUUCCAACAACAAGCCCUCCGGGAACUAGUAGUAUUACCAAACAGUUGAACGAAAUGUCUCCAAGCAUAUCUGUCACCGCCGUUCAUACCAUAAAAGAAAAAAUUAAUUGUAAUACUCAAGAAAAUUUUUUGAAAGAUAAUCUAAUAGCCACCAUUUCAAAAAUACCAAUCGAAGCGACUAUAUUCAAUUCUCCGAUAUGUUCGGAAUCAACAGCAAAAACAAGUUAUUUGGUUAAAAAUGUUUCUGCAGGAGUUGAGUCAAGUUAUAAAUCAACUUCUGACAAUACUACCAAAAAAGAUGUACCCUAUAGUUUUUCUAACUUGACAACACAAACAGUUAAAACAAUUAUUACUCAUGAUUCAAUAAAUAACCAAGCAAUACAAGCAUCGUCAUUAAAUAAUGCUAUAAGUAUACGGCCUGUAUCAUCACAAUUACCGAUUAUUAAAAAAAAUGAUGAAAAAGAAAUCUUCAAAGCAAGUUUUAAUAGUGAACGAAUGCAGCUUUCAAUCAGGAAAAGGCAACCACAAAGUUCUCAACAAAGCAUUAAUGCGAAGCGUACUAAAUUUUAACUUGAACGAAUGCAGCUUUCAAUCAGGAAAAGGCAACCACAAAGUUCUCAACAAAGCAUUAAUGCGAAGCGUACUAAAUUUUAACUGAUCCAAAUUUACUUCGAGAAGUCUGGAGUGCGUUUCUCAAAUGUUGUUUUAAGGAUAGAUAAUUAUAAUCAUUCGCAUUGUAUAACCGACCAAAUUCAAAGAUAAAAAGUAUUUCGUAUAUGUAAAA